AUGAAUUUCUGGGAGACCAUCCUUUGCGCUUUCUUAGCAACUCUUUUUGCAACUAUAUUUGGCAGGCUCUAUAAGAUGUGGCCACCCCGACAGAGGAAACCGAAAGAACCUCCACUAGAUAAAGGCUACAUCCCAUGGCUAGGGCAUGGGAUAAAUGUUAAGAAGAACCCUGCAGAGUUUUUGGAAAGGAUGCAGAGGAAACAUGGAGACAUUUUCACAGUGCUGGUUGGUGGCAAAUAUUUACAUUUUGUGAUGGACCCACACAUUUACAGAACUAUAAUAAAGGAGUCAAAAGAGAAGUUAGAUUUUGAUACGUUUGCAUCAACUGUCGUAUUUAAUGCAUUUGGUUUUCAGCCAAAUGAAUCUCAGCAUAAGGUUGUGCAAACAAUUAGCAAGAAGUAUCUCCAAGGUAAGAGUCUAGCUGUCCUGAAUCAGCUCAUGAUGGAAAAAUUGCAGACAGUGAUGCUUCACAACCAGGACUCAGGUGAGGGGGAAAGACCUUGGCAGCAGGAUGGAGUCUUCCACUUUAGCUACAAAACCAUUUUCCAAGCUGCUUUCUUGGCUUUGUUUGGGACUGAGCCAGGUCAAGAUGUAGAGGGUAAAGAAAAUGCCAUGGGGCAAGAAUUAAAACAAUGUGAAGAGUUGUUUGAAAAAUUUCAGAAGUAUGACAAUUUCUUUCCCAAAAUGGCCCUCGGCAUACUGGAUCCUCUGGGCAAGAAGAAGACACAGAAGUUGAGGAAUUUUUUCUGGGACGUGCUGUCUGUAGAAAAGAUAUAUCAAAAGGAAAACAUCAGCAGCUGGGUGGUUGAGCAAGAUCAGCUGAUGGCUGAGACUGGGAUGACAGAGGAGAUGCGCACUCAAUUCCAGCUUCUUCUUCUGUGGGCAUCUCAAGCUAAUACUGGUCCAGCUACCUCCUGGCUUCUUGCAUAUCUCCUGAAACAUCCAGAAGCAAUGAAGGCAGUGAGGGAAGAAGUGUACAAUGUACUAAAAGAGACUGGACAGGAAGUGGAGCCAGGCGGCCCCCUCAUCAAUGUGACCUUGGCUCAGAUAAAGACCCCUCUUCUGGACAGUGCGGUAGAGGAAACUCUGCGCUUGAGAGCAAGUCCUUUUCUGUUUCGAAGUGUGAUGCAGGAUAUGGAUCUUAAAAUGGAUGAUGGGAGAGAAUAUUUUCUCCGGAAAGGAGACCAGCUACUUCUUUUCCCUUUCGUCGGAUUGCACAUGGACCCAGAAAUCCACCCUGACCCUCAUACUUUCAAAUAUGAUAGGUUCUUGAAUCCAGAUGGUACCAAAAAGGAGUUCUCCAAGAAUGGGAAAAAGCUGAAGUAUCACAGUAUGCCGUGGGGUGCUGGGCCCUCCAUGUGCCCUGGACGAUUCUUUGCCAUAAGUGAGUUGAAGUUGUUUGUGAUCCUGAUGCUCCUCUACUUUGACAUGGAACUGGUUAACGUGGAAGAGGAAAUUCCACCGGUAGAUGUCAGCCGCUAUGGGUUUGGAACCACACAUCCUUCUUGUGAUAUUCAGUUCAGGUAUCGGCUGCGAUUCUAG